UUCCAACAUUUGAAGUAGAUAUGAAUAUUAGUAUGAACUAUAUGAAUAUUAGUCUACAAAAUUUCAUCAAAAGUGUCGAAAAGUAUUCGAAAAUGUCAAACCAAUAAUCAAAAGUUUUCAACAAGUAAUAAAAUAUAAGGAUAAACAUGACAAUAAUGAAAUAUAUGAAGAUAAAGGUGUAAAAAUCUGUCAUGGAUUGAAGUCCAUGACCAAAUCCAACAUGCAUAGGUAGAACUUGUAAGUCCAGGUGGCUCACAGAUUUGGACCGCAAAAAUCCAUAGGUCGCACAUAUUCAGUCAUAUCAGGUCCAUAAGACAAACAAUGAACUUUUGUCCAAGUCCAUGAUGGAUCACCAAAUCCCUCAAGCAAAUUAGUUUUCUGGAGUCUCAAUAAGCUUGUAGUUUACCGCCCUGUCGGCUUGGUAUCUUGUUGUUAGCAAGCUUGUUUCAUCGGCUUGACACCCUAUUCCAUAUUUCAAUACUUAGAUUUAGGGAGGCUUGGUAAUUUGAUACCAAGUUUGUCUCGUCGAAGCUGACAUCGACUAUCAAAGCAAUGGGGGCAGUCAGCCAUCUAGGUUCGGAAGAGAAAAUUUGGCUACUUAUGCCCAAAAAGUCAAUCCAAUAAGGCUCAGUUAGCACAUUUAAUGUUUUUUCCUUUACAAAAGAUAAUAAUCUAUAUUGAUUGAGAAAUAGAUCAGUACAUCAUGGAAUUUAACCAGGCUAUAAAAUAAAAUAAAAAUGACACGUACUCGGGUACAAAGAGAGUGUCUCUCGAGACACCAAAUAGGCUACCUUAUUGCUACUCCGACUUACAAAUCGCACAUUAAACCCAGUGUGCAUCGCCAACAGAUGCAAUACUUCUUUAAAAAUGGCGUUCGUCCGACUAUCGCAGCCAUUAGCACAUUUUAUGUUAAAAUAUUCAGCUAACCUCAUUAAAUCUUUUAUAAUCGAUGUGGUAUGCAAUCGAUUUUUUGAUUAAAUGAUCAUGGAAGAGGCUGGUUUGGAAUGGGUAGUCCAAUUUUCUGUAACAAAAUAUAAAAAAAUUUGAUAUCAUCUCUUCCUCUCCCUUCUCGGUUCUCUUCCUCUCAUAUCUUCCUCUUUUAUUUCUGUAACAAGCUGGCUGAGUGGAAGGGAAGGGAGACGCGUAGCGCAAGGAAAUUUAUUGUACUUGGUUCAACCAAAUCAAAUAAGAUAACAUAUAAUAUAUCUGGACGUCAGAUUAUGGAAUAGAGCUCAGCAAAAUCAAUGCUCUGCAUUCAACAACUCCAGAAAUGGCGGCAAAUCACAAUCACACUUCUAUGUCCUUUUUCUAUUUAAUUCUGCCCAUCCCAAAUAUGAUAGCUUUCUUUUAAUGGCCCCCAAUCAAUCAUGAUUCAUGUGGUUGGGCGAUCCUGCAAGCUGCCCAGCUCUAUAAAUUCAGGCCAAGCUACACAAUUAGCUGUAUACCCAUAAGAAAUAACCCAAGCUUGCUUGCCUCUAUCUAUGGCGACCACAGCGGAAGAACCCAUGAGUGGGAAGCUAGAGGCAGAGGUGGAGCUGCAUUGCUCGCCGGCGAAGUUCUACGACGUGUUCAGGAAAACAGCUCACCGCAUCCCAGACCACUCCCCGACUCAUAUUAAGGCAGUGCAAGUCCACGAGGGAGAUUGGGAUUGUCAUGACACCGUCAAAUUCUGGAUCUACGCCUGCGAGGGGAAGCUGGAGGUGUUCAAGGAGAGAGUGGAGUACGACGAUGCAAAAAAAACAGUGAAGCUGAAUGGGCUGGAGGGGGAUGUGAUGAAGCUCUACAAACUGUACAAUGUGAUCUAUCAUUUUGUGGCCAAGGAGGAUGACAACAAUGGCGAGGGGAAGCAGCAAGGGGUGGCCAAACUGACUAUUGAAUAUGAGAAGUUGAAUCCAGAUGUGCCGCCUCCUACCAAGUACAUGAACUUCAUCACCCUCCUUGUCAAGGAGGCUGAUGCUAGCCUUGUUAAAGCCGCUUGAUUGAUCGAUCGAUUCAUCGUCGACUUCGCCAUAUACAAGCAUCUUAUCAUCAUUACUGUUUCUUUGUAUGCUUUCGCUUGUGUUCGUUCGAUCUGAUCGAUGUUUUCAAUAUCUGGUUCGGUUGCUAAUAAUCGACAAACCGUUAAUAAAGAGUGCUUGUAUCGUUGUUGCUAAUUAUGUGUUUUGCCAGAAAUAUCAAAUAAAGUGAGGGAUACGGUGAAGUAUAAACUUGUUAUAAUUCAUUAUCUUCUUGUUGUUAUGGUUACCAAGGAUUGGCUUCUGCAUCAAUUAGACGUAAGUAAUACUUUUCCUCACUAAGAUCUGCAUGAAAAGUAUACAAAGAUUCCACAAAGUUUUUGUAAUACUAGUGACACCAAGUGUGCUAACUUCACUAGUCAAUCUAUGGCCUCAGAAAAGCUUAAGGAAACUAGCUCCACCAAAUAUCCUUGGUAGAAUUUUAGUGACGCCAAAGUCAUACAUACCUUUCUCUUUUUAUUCGUCGCAUUUGCAGGUGUAUUUGUAGGGGCUCUCAUAAAUGUGAAUAGUCUAAUUUUGAUUGAAAAUACUUGAGAAUUAUCAAAUAGGUCAAGAAUUUUCUUCUUGCUCGAUUCACCAAUAAUCCCGCCCAAAGCUAUUAGCUGAUGGAGUAUUGCUCGAUGAGUUGAUGGAUGGGGUUGCCAUUUGAGGUGAGGUUGCUGGUGUCUCGAUAAGUUGUGGCAAGCAAUCAAAGCGAUUCAGAGGAGGAAGGAGGAGAUGAUAAAAGGAAGAGGAGAAGAGAGAGUGACGAAUGUCUAUAUAGUUUUCCUGACGCAGGAAAUUAGAAGAAAGCUUUUCGUCGGGAACGGUGACGCAAGAAGGUCUGAGAGGGAGGACAUUCGUCGGAACUUAAGUAAUUUUAUCUAUUCGAAUCCAGUACAAAAAAAAUAUUAGCCCAGAUAAUUAAUUGUGUUCGAAUCAAGAAUUAUAUUCGUUUUCAAUACAUUUGGAGAAAAUGUGUUUUGAACGAGGAUACUACUGAGUGACAUGCUUUCUACUACCGUGAUAUAAUUUUUUUUGUGGCACCAUUGUAUAUCAUGGCAAAGAACGUAACAUAUAAACAAUUUUUAUGUCAAAAUAUAUUAAAAAUAGAUAUCAUGUUAUAAAAGAACAAUUUAUUUAAUUUUUUGAAAAAUAAAAUUUGAAUUUACACAAACAAAAUAUAGUCCCUUCAAUUUUUACAAGACAAGUGUUUAAAACUGAUAGAGAGGCUGGCUUGUGAAAUCCAUUUUUCUAUUACAAAAUAUAAAAAUGACUUACUCUCUUCUGCCUCUUUCAUUUCUUCAACAAACUGGGGUUGAGAGAUCACAAAGAAAACAUUUCUUCAACAAACUCAGAAGCUGGCUGAGUGGAAGGGAAUGGGGACGCCUCUGUGCAACUGUGCAAGCAAAAUAAUUCAACCAUAUCAAAGAAGAUAACAUGGAUAGAUAUUUUGGACGUCGAAUUCUGGAAGAGGGCUCCGCAAAAUUAAUGCUCUGCAUUCAACAACUGCAGAAAUGGCGGGAAAACAGAGCCUGCAAACCAUCGUUGUUGAGUCCCACCCACCAAAUCACAAUCACGCAGGUAAAUGUCUUUUCUUUUUCAAUUUGGCCCCAAGAAAUUAAAUUUCUUUUG